GCCGCCACCCGGCCCCAUUAUGCAGGGCUCAUCCAACGAAACGCAACUGCCAAAUAAAAAAGAUCAUGAGUUGUUUGUCGGAACGGCAAAUCUUCGAUGUCAGUUUGUCAACAGUGUCAACGCCAUACAGUGGAAUAGAAACAGGGGUACAGGGGUGAUGAAGCUAUUGUUAAACAUCAAAUCCGGUAAGCUUCGCUUAUCACUGACGGAUGACAAUACCUCCAAGGUCUAUUGUAAUAUAGUUUCACUGGGUAUGGCGUCUAUAUAUAAGAGUGGCACUACAGUUGUUAAUUGGGCUGUAAAUGCCAAGAAAUCCGGUAAGACUCGGUUGUUACACAUUGCAACCUUUAGCACGCCGGAAUUGGCAUCGCAGUUCUACAACGUCAUGUCGAGUUGCCAGCAGAAGUUAAAAGUUAAAGGUAGUUAUUCGAGCGACAUCGCGAAGAAGGUCAAGAAGAAGAAGAAGAAGAAGAAGAGCAACAUCACAUUAAGCACGAAUGACUCGCCGUUUACUUUCGGCUCGCCCAAAUCCUUCGACUUUAACUUUACGAUCAAGUCGUCUGGUGGUGGCGAGACUAGCGAGAACGAAGUGGUAGAGAUUAAGGACGUCCACUUAUCGCCGGCUGAGAUUGCAGCGGACUUCAAGAGAGCGAUUGACGAUACCAGAAAGAACGUCAAAUUAUUGGAUAAACCUAUUAUGAAAACGCCGAUGAAAACUGCUGGUUCACCAGUCAAGGAACUCGAGAUCGUUUACGAAGUGAAGGUCUCUCCAGAGGAGAAGGCAGCAGCCUUAAAAUUGCAGCUACCGGAGAAUUUCUACGCUUAUAAACAAAAGGAAGGCCGCAGAGGCUGUAAGAAACCAAUUAUAUUGACUGAGUAUAGAAACCAACUAUAUCCGAAAACUACGACUUUUUCAUUUGAUAUGAAUCCUCAGUUUGGUACGAACGAAACACCGGUAACGACGAAUGCUUUGCUGGAUAAUGUCAAGAUCUGCAGUCCCUCUAAUGUUCAAACAACGCCGACAACCGCGACCAGCGUAACUGGACAAUCAAUAUUUGGCCAAACGUCCAGCUUCAAAACGUCUAAUUUUUCCUUUGAUUCCGACAAGAGCAUUUUCGACGGUGCCUCGAAAACGUCGAUCUCCGGCGAGAGCAGCGGUGACAAUAUCGUUUCUUUUUCCACCGCUGUAAAAACAAUCACUACUGCCGUUACAGCAGCAAAUUCCGUUUCGAAGACGUCGAUCGUGGUCACCACAACGACGACCAAUCAGUCCUCCAAUUCGGUGUUCGGCGCUAACUCUACACCUUUCUUUAAAAUGACAUUUGGUAACAACAGCGCUUUACCGUUUGGUAGUUUGACGGGCUUCGGAAUAACAUCGCUGACGAAUAUCUUCAGCGGAACAACAACAACAACAACAACAACAACGACGGCGACGACGGCGGCGAAUGUCUUCAGUGGUACGACGACUAUGACGACAACAGCGAAUUUCUUCGGCAGUACAUCAAUGGCGAAUAUCUUCGGUGGGUCAAUGGCACCGACAACGACAAACGUCUUCGGUAGUAGGAUGACGAAGCCAACGACGACAAAUAUUUUUGGUGCAAUAGCAACACCGACUAUCUUCGGCAUGAAACCGUCAGAUAAUGGCCAGAAAAUCGAGGACGGGAUGGAUGCGGAAUAUACAAUAUGUGUAAAUAAUUUGCCAUUAGAGUUAAACAAGAAUGUUAUCAGAUACAUUUUUAGUCAGUAUGGCACAAUUGUGGGAAUGUUUCAUCUUCGUAAUGCUACAUGGAUGUAUAUUACAUAUGGCAUGUUUCAAGAAGCACAACUUGCCAUACGCGAACUUGAUAAUAAGAAACCGUUAUACUUGAAAGUGGCAUUUGCAAAAAGAAGAUCUAUGAAAGAAGAACAAAAGCCAAAUGUAUUAAAAACUUUUGAAAGUUCAAAACUAGGAGGAAACAUUGCAGAUUCAUUACCGGUUUAUAACGAUAUUAAACAUCCAAGUAUAGAUCAUAGUCAGUCAAAUACAUCUUCUGAAUAUGCAAUGCCACAAAUAACAACACAUGGAAAUGCAAAUUAUGGAUUACCUGUAGCGUGCCAGUCACCUUAUGAGAUUUAUAAUCAUUAUGCGAGCACAAAUCAUUUACUGACAAGAGGUGUAACAACUAGAGGUGUUACGCCAGAUAGAAAAAGACGCGUUUCUCUUGGACCUGGCUACAUAUUACAUUCAUAUCCAGAACCAGAUGCUAAUAUUGAACAAUAUAUUUUAAAAAUAUGUGAACAACGAAGUGAUGAAUUAUAUGAAUGUCCCCAAAAGAAAUCUAAAAUUACAGUACAAGACUGCGCUGUUUGCUCUACAAGGACAACAAAACAUUGUGCAGAGUGCACAACAUAUUAUUGUAGCAAACCUUGUCAAAUGAAAGAUUGGUCACAACAUCAAAUCCUGUGUGAACGUAUUCCAAAAUUAAUGGACGAAACGAUUAAUGAUUGCAAAUCAUCAUUGCAAAUUAAUCAAGAAGUAGACCAACAAAGGCAUCAAUGUCGAAUGUAAUAAAACUAUUAAAGCUAAUGAUUUGAAACUAUGACUGCCUAAUACUCUUAAUACUAUGCAAGCAGAAAAUUUGACUACUACGAGUGUAAAUGUCAAUACGCAGAAAAAGAAUAAUAUUCUUCCGAGUACUAUUGAUAAAAGAUGCUACAUCUAUUUUUAUCAUUAAUAGUAUUCGGAAGAGACAUGAUCAACAUGACAAUAUAUCUUAACAUACCUAUGUAUCUCAAGCUAAAAAUGCAGACCAACCAACAGUAGUAAAUACAACAAAUGACACCAAAGAAUUUUCUCAACAUCGAGUGCGCAAGUAUAAUAAUAACGAGAGUCCUAAUCAUUCGAGAAAAAAUGAUUCUGUAACAUAUAACUCCAUCGAUCAAAGUCAUCAUAGACGUAAUUAUCAAAGUGAUUCAAAUAAGGCUAGUGUUAACAAAGAAAGAUAUGACAAUAGCAAUAUAGGGGACAGAACUUACAAUAAUGACAGAAAUCGUCCCAAAAAAAAUAGUUUCCAGAAUGACAAAAGCUCUGUUUGCUAUGAUAGAGAAAAUGUCAAUAGACCAGGAACUAACAUAGGAUAUUCUAAAAUUGUGAAUCAAGAAACUAAGUUCUUAACAAACAAAAUAAGAAAAAAAUACAAAAUCAAUAAAAUUAUUGCUAAAAAUAAAAAAAACGUUUAUUCUACAGAUUUCAUUGCAAAGAUAUUUGCUACUUAUACAAAACAUGCAUAACAUAAAAGUUGAUUAUUGUCAAAGACAUAUUUUAUGUUGUUAAUAUAAGUAAUUUAUAAAAAAAUCUGUAUUUCUUUUCUUGUUCAGCACAUUACAAUAUGUAGUGCUCAUCAAAAUUGAAGGAGAGAAUACUUGUAUACAUGUUUCUUUGUUAGUUUCUUAAAGAUUUUUUCACUAAAAUAUGUAUUUUUGAAUCUAUUUUCACCUUAAUAUUAUAUACACUCGGGGAAAAAAUGUUUCAUAUAUAAUCAUAUAAAAUGUCUGUAUACAUAUAAAUAUAUGUAUUUAUUAUAUAUAUAAUCAAUAAUUUAUACAUAUAUGAAAAAUUUUUUUUCCUGGUAUUCACAAUACAAUUAGUGUUUUGUUUAACAUUUAAUAAAGUACAUUUCUUAAAAAACAUUACUUGAAAGAACGUAAAUGCUAUGAUAUGUAUAAUGCGCAUUUUCAACAUUUAAUUAACAUGUAAAAUAACAUGCAAGUAAACAUUCAUCAUGUCAAAUUAUGUAAUAAAAAUCACAUACAUUGUAUAAGAUAUAAAACUAAUUACUAAGAACUAAUUAAUAAUUCUGAUAAAAAAUUUGUAAUUUUUUACAACUUAUAAUCUAUGAACUUUUUUAUGAAAUAAAAAGUGUAAUGUUAAAAAA